AACCCUGGUGUGUGUGUGCAGACGCCAUUUCGUGUCUGUAUUUUUCAAGGUGCUACAUUCAGGCUUAACGGAGAAAACGACCUCUCAAGUAAAACGUUGUUGUCAUUUUUAGUGUUAAGCUCCUGUUUUUGAAGCUACUUUUUUCAGCACCAGCAAAUCACAAAGGCAGGCAGUCGUCCACCGACCGAGUACAGACACAAUGGAUUGGUCCUCCUCCUCGAUGGCCAGUAGCAACGUGACCAACAAAACAGAUCCUCACUCUUUGAACUCCCGUGUCUUUAUCGGCAACCUCAAUACCCUGCUGGUCACCAAGGCCGACGUGGAGGCCAUCUUUGCCAAGUACGGCAAGAUAGUCGGCUGCUCCAUCCACAAGGGUUACGCCUUUGUUCAGUACUCAAAUGAGAGGAAUGCCCGGGCAGCUGUGACUGGAGAGGACGGCCGCAUGAUUGUUGGACAGGUUUUAGACAUCAAUUUGGCCGGUGAACCAAAGCCUCGACGAUCGAAAACAGUGAAGCGAUCAGCAGGAGACAUGUACAGUUCAUCUUUUGAGUUGGACUAUGACUUCCAAAGAGAUUACUAUGACAGACUGUACCCUUACCAGACCCGGGUUCCUCCCACUACCCCGCCUCUGUCUCGUGCCGUCAUUCCCUCGAAGCGUACCAGGGUCAGUCUGAGCAGCAGGGGAAGCCGGCGAAGCAAGACCACCUUCUCCUCCUCGUCAAAGAGCAACCAGAAAUCUUCACGAACAAGUCCCACAGUGGGGACGGAUGAUUUACAGACCAUCAAGAGAGAGCUGACGCAGAUCAAACACAAGGUGGACUUCCUGCUGGAGAGCUUGGAGCGCAUGGAGAAGGACCACAGCAAGAAGUCAGCCCUGAAAAGUUUCAAACUGGAGCCUGGUGAAGUGUCCCCCGUUCACUCGUCCACCUCCAGCAAGAAAGAGGGCAGUCUUAAGAGAGAGAACCAGGAGCUGAAUGACUCAGAGGACGACAGAGACCUGCUGGACGACGAGGACAAGGUCACGAGUAAAGAGCAGAGGGAGAGAUGAGGAUGAGGUGGACGAACACGAAGAAGGGGAGGAUGACGGCGACAGCGCCAACGAAGAUGACUCCUGAACACGACACAAAUCUAGCAUUGUGAACGUUUCUGUCCAGUGGUCAUGUGCUUGUUUCCGCUGCGGCGAAUGAAAAUCUCUGGCGUGUUGAUCACAGAAAUGAAGUUGUCGUUUCUGCAUUUUCAGGUUUAAUUUCAAAUUUAGGGAAGCUCUAUGCGUUUCUUAGUUUUUCCUUUUAUUACUCUUUAAAUCACAGUUUGCUGUGUGUCAAUGUAUAUUUGUAAAUACUGUUAAGCAAGAACCUUCUGUCUCUGUUUUUCAUCUCUGUUGAGUUUCUGUAAAUCAGCUGUAUUGGAAAUCUUUUACGUUUUGUGGACAACUCACUAAUGAACAGUGAAAAAAAAAGAGCUUGUGAUCACACUAAGCUCACAUUGUUAAGAAACAACUUUUCCUCUUCUGUUUUUUUAAGCAUUUUCUAAAAAGUUGGAUUUUUGGAGAUUCAAGGUUUGUGCUCAACAGCUAUAGUUUAUUAAGUCAAAAUGUAAAAUCAGCUGAUGAUGAACGUCAGUUUUGUUUGAAGUUUCUUCAUGUUUUGUUUACUCCAGAAGUCAGAAAAAGGCAAGAUGUCAAAAAAAGUUCCAGGUGGAAAACAAACGUUACUGACUGAACAACUAUUGCUUGAGUUUGCGUUCAUCUGCCUGUUAGCAAAAUAUCUCAUAAACCACUUGACAAUUUUUAUUGGAAAAAAAUAAUUUAGUCAAUUCAAAACGGCUGCCACAGCCAACUGUCUGGAAAAAGCACAAAUAUACUUAUAACUGAGUUAGUUUUAUUAAUACUGAACUGAAAUUUGGUGUGAUUCUAACUUCUCAAUCUGUACUCCGAUGGCUAAAUGAUCACACAGGAUUUGGAUUUUAAAUAGUGUCAUUAGCAAUAGGAGUGGACUCUGGAAAAAUUUUAAUGAAACUUUUAGAACAUAAUCAGUUGGCAUUUGUCUAAAAUUGAUUAGCUUUUUAAUGAAAAUCACCCACCACAGCCAAGUGAUCUUAGAAAACACAAAAAUGGCUUAAACUCAGUGAAUUCUACAGAUAUAGAACUCAAAUUUGGUGUUGUUGCAACACAACACAUAGCGUGAGCAUUUGGCGCCAUGUUGGCAUUACCUGUUAGCAUCAACCUUGUCUGUUAGCAAAAUUUCUCAUGAACUACUGGAAUGAUUUAAAGAAACUCAAAGUAAUCAUUUGAUGUUACUUUACAGCUGAUUAAAGUUUAGAGUUAGCCCAAUUCAAGAUAGCCGUCACAGGAGGUUGAUGUCACAAAACAUAAAUAAAUGGCUGUAAUUCAGUCAAAUUUGCAAGUAUUGCACAAGAAUUUGAUAUGGUAGUAGCUGAGAGUCGUAUUCUUUUUGCUUGCUUUUUGACCAAAAUAGAAUUCAGCAUAAGAUGAUUUUGGUUUAAAACUCCAGUGUAAAUGUUGGCAUUUAUUGUGUUUUUGUUUUUCUUCAUUUUACUGAAUAUAUACAAACAUGGCUGUCACUGAAAACAAGUGUUUGAAAGUGAAGUUAGUCAUGAGACCUAAAAGUGGCUGCAGCCGUGACUUGAAAUAUUUCAAAAUAAAAAUAUUUCUGCA